AUAUACAUGUAAAAAUGGAAGGCUGAAAUUGUCUGUGUAUGAUAAUGCUUGUUCAUACAUUUUUAGCUUUUCUUUGGAUGGUGUAUGAGUUGUCUGGGGAGGAAAACAGAACAAGCUAACACAAAAGAGACAUCAAGGGAUAGUCGGGGGGAAAUAAACACCACCUUUUCUCUCCUCCAUAGCCAGACCGCCCGACUUGUAUGGGCUUGUUGUUUCUAACGUUACCUCAGACAGACUGUCCCUGUCGUGGAGGACGGGAGAGAAGGCGUUUGAUAACUUUAUAGUUGAGGUCAGAGAGUCUGCUUUGCCCUCGCAGGCCAUGGGCCGCACUCUGCCCGGUGGGGCACGCUCCACUGUUCUAACGGGCCUCAAAGGGAACACGCGCUAUAAGGUCAAACUCUACGCCAGCGUGGGCGGGAAGAACUCGCCGGCUCUCACUGCUGUAGCCAGAACAGAGGCUAAACCCAAACUGGGCCGAUUAUCAGUAUCAAAAAUCACGCAGAGUAACUUCACUCUGACCUGGAAAACAGUGGCUGGCCACUUUGAUGGCUUUGUCAUUCGCGUGAGCGACCGCGAAAUGCUGAACGAUCCGCUGGAGCUCACGCCUCCCGGCGACAAACGUAAUCUUACCGUCAGCGGGCUGGUGGACGCCACGGCCUAUGACGUACAGAUGUACGGGGUCUCGCACGGGCGCCGAACGCCCCCAGUCUCGACGCGUACACGCACAGGUACUAUGUAACUUUUUCAUGCUACUGACUCCAUCGAAGGCAAAAAACACCUUUAGAUUGACCUGCUUGGCCAAACAAGGGUGAAAUGAACCCUCCUCCCCUGCCUGCUCAAGACUGUCAGAAUGGCAUGAGCAUCUGCUGUGUGCCCUGUUGGAUAAUGGCUUGGCUGGGAAGGAACCAUUCUAGAUGUUUUCUGCAUCCAAUGCUGCCCCCUCUGGCAUGUCGAUGUCACUGCGGAAAGUCAGCAUGGUUAGGUGUUCAUACUGGAUGAGUUUCUCUGGCCAGGAGUCCAGUGCCAUGUGUUUGCCUGUUCCUCUCAUUGCUGCCAUACUUAUGGAUCAUGCCAAGAUUAAUUUCACUCACAGCUAUGAAUUAGAGCAGUUCAAUGCAUACAUUUUGUACUUACACAGAUACACAUAGACAGACUGGAAACUUGCAUGCCGUCUGUGUUGUGUAGCAUGGGCACAUGAGACAGUCCCCCACUGCUCUCCACCAUAUGGACCUUAUCCACCAUAUGGCAAGUUUCCACUAAAUGGCAUUUUUAACAUGAACUCACUUCCUCAGUCUCCACAGUUGUAAAUUAAGACAAAAUGAGGUCUGGGCGCACGGGUAAUGCUGGAAGAAUCUCGUUAGCUACCUCUAAUUGCUACCUGUAACCGCUACCAUAUGUUGAAGCAUCGCAUGAUAUGUGACUUUUAACUCUGUGUGGCAUGUUUAUGAUGUCAUCAGUGCGACCCUUGCUUUACUGCAACUUCUUACUGGCUUGAUCUCUACCGUAUGCUUCGUACCAGACAUCUUGAACUGAAGUAUCUUUAGAUGUCUGCAAAGCUUUUGGUUUACCGCCUGUCCUUGGUACAAAUGGAAUUAAAAUUUUCUUCAUCUGAAGAUGAGUUAUAUUACAGGUAAUGUUUAUUUAACCUCAGUGGUGCAGAAACUGAUUUAUACCCUAUUUAUUAAUACCCAGGAAGAGGAUUGGUUUGUACAUAGAAUGAUUAGGUGUUAGCAAGCUUCUGUUACUGAACCAGAGGUUAGUUCCCAGUUCCACAUAUUAAUAUACUGUGCCUCAAUGCCAUCUUAAGCAGUUAAGGUCCAUUAACACUUUCAUUAUAGCCUUGUGUCUCAUUCAUAUAUGUCCAUGUUCAUGUAUAUAUUUUCAGGUCUGUAGAUCAGAUUCAAUCUAGUAAAUAUUAUUUAUCAUUGUCAAAAUACGUUCUUUUGCAAUCACUGCACACGUCAAGUCUUCAUUCU